AUGAGUGAAGCCGCCCGCACUUUCACCUUUCUGACUCAGGUCUUGUGGCCGGAGUCUUUGCAGAACUUGAUCUUCGGCCACUGUUUCAACCAGAAGCUUACAACUUGCCCCCCUCACUUGCACUCGCUGGAAUUGGGCGACUGUUUUGAUCAAGCCUGGAGCAGCAGUUUCCUCCCCAGCAGCCUACAAAGUUUGGUGCUGGGUUCAUCUUGCCGUUUCGAAGCAGUUUCCUCCCUGCCGGGUCUACAAGAGAUGGAGAUCAGUCCUUCUUUGGAUGCCUUGAGACAAUUGAAGUGGCCCAGCACAUUGACCACUUUGACCUUUGGCCGAGUGGCUGGCGGGCUGAAGGGUGGACCUUGGGGUGAGGAAGGGCUGUCAGCUUACAACAACCAGCUGACGGGUCCGAUUCCCCCUGAGCUUGGGCAGCUGAUGCGCUUACACGAGCUUGGACUCUCCGAAAAUCAGCUGACGGGUCGCAUUCCGGGCGAACUUGGCCGACUGAAGAACUUGGAAAGCCUCUCGCUGGACCAUAACCAACUGACAGGAGAGAUCCCACAUGAACUGAAUCUUUUGACUGGUGAGAUUCCCCGCGAACUUGGCCAACUCGAGAACCUGCAGGAACUCUUCCUCUAUUCAAACCGCUUCACUACAAUCUCAGUCGCAUUCAACUCGUCUGCUUUGAGACUCCUUGAUGCCAGUCGAAACCAUCUCAGAGGUGUUCUUGUGAUGCAACUCAUGACGCCGAAACUCCAAAUAUUGGAUUUGAGCCACAACAAGUUAGCUGGAGAGAUUUCCAGCAUUACAGAUUAUUUUUGUGCAUUAAAUCCCAGAGGCGGAGUCUUGCAAGAGCUGCGCUUGAAUCACAACAAACUCACAGGUCAACUACCGCCGUGCCUCAUGAAGUUUGAGAACUUGACUUUUCUAGCUCUCAAUGACAAUCGUUUCACUGGAACUUUGCCCGAAAUUGAAGCAUUAGAGCUUGCGGUCUUGACCCUGCACAGGAAUGGUUUUACGGGUUUUCUUCCAAAGACCUUGUACAGUCUGAGGCACCUUGGAGUUUUGACGCUUCAUGAAAACUCGAUCGGAGGAAGCAUUGAUGGCCUCAAUUUGAGUGUCCCGUGCCUGGAUAACUCCAGAUUCAGAAUAUUUGAGAUCGCCACCUGCCAAGAUUGCUUUGAGGCUUAUGCGGACUUAACAAGCCAUCAACUUCGACAAGCAGAAGCCAACUGCCCCAAACUCUUCAACACCUGCCCCACCAAAGGCCUGGUUAAUGUCACCUUGCACCGGAAUCGCUUCUCGUGUGCCAUUCCGAACAGUAUUAGCAACAUGCAUGUUUCUGGCUUGGUGAUGAUGGGGAACAUGCUCGGGGAUGGAAGCCCUUUGAAUGCUCCUUGGAUCUCGAAGGAAGAACAUCAACCCUUCCUCUACUAUUCUCCGAAUAUCUGGAAGUCCAAUGUGUUCAUCUUGACUGGUUUGUCCUUGAUGAUGACCAUUCUUCUUGUGUGCCAGCUCAUGCUUCGAAGAAGACUUCAAGAGCUGUCCCGACGAUUAGACUUGGACGCCAGAGAACUCUUGAUGUUUUGGUCACCCUAUGUUCCUUUACUUUGCCUGGGCAUUCUGGCUGCAGCCGUCACGAACCUAUUGAUGUUUGACCUCGGUACUCGCGUCUACCAUGUGGAACUCCCUUCAGACGAGGUCAACGAGGGUGCUGCAUUGUCAGCCUCAUACUUGCGGCUUGCAUUGAGAGCCGGAUCGCUGUUCCAGCUUUGGCAUGCAUUUAGCACCCAGAUGUUUGGACGAUAUUUGUUGCUGGCCGUUCAUCUGGCAGUCCUGGGACCCUGGGCGAAGUGCUUUCUGCCCGUGAGCUUUGUGAAGCGACGUCUUUGGACCUUAACUGAAAGCACUGAGGCGCAACUGAUUGAACUCACACGGAUGGAGAGUAUCUUUGUUGCCGCUGCACACUGA